AUGAGUUUCCAAUCCACAGCUUUCACACCUACCUACUCCCGCGGGAUUCCCAGGUGCUGUUCGUGUGGCCAGAAAACAGCGAUACUCAAGUCAACAACUGUUCAAAACCCAGGCAGGGAAUUCUACAGGUGUAUUGCCGCGAAAAAGGGAGAUUAUGGCCAUGUCUUCAAGUGGGUCGACGAAGCUAAAUCAGAGGAGCUCGAUAUCUUAACCGAAAGUAACAUUGAAUUACAAAACGAAAUUACCAUCCUCAGAUCGGCGGAGGCGAACUUAAAGAGUCAGGUACAAACUAUCCUCGCAACUAUUCAGACAUUGAAGAACGAAACCCAAGCUACAAAACAACAACUAAGGAUUUACGCUUACUCUACCACCUCCUGCUGUAUCGUUGUUCUAGCCGUUCUUCUUCUCAAGUAUUAA